CCCCUACACUCAGGUAGCAGCUGAUAAUCAUAGAUGUGUGUGUAAAUUUUUUUUCUUAUCUUUAUCGAGGUUAAUCACUCGAAAUUGUUGUAUAAAUAAUUAAUAACUGGAAAAAAAUCAAGUAAUGAUGGCAUCGAAAGGAUGGAAGGUGGUUCAAGCUCAUAUACCAAUGAUUAAAUUCCGAAAAGGAGGAAAUAGAGCCACUGGAGUGACUGCAGCUACAUCUACAGGGUCAGGGCCGACUACACAUUUAAGUUCUAAAGGUGCCACAGGACCCAAUGUUACUGUCCUUCCAACAAUUGAAGAUUAUCAAAUUCCUGCUCGCUUUCAAAGAAGACCAAUUGAUGAAAAAGAAAUUGCAUAUAUUAAUCGAGGCGGUCCUGAAUAACGCGGAGAGAAUAACUUUUUCAAAUACUUUAGAUAUUAUUUAAUAUAAUUUACAUAAAUUAAAUAACUACGUUAAAUCUUCACUAGUAUUCAAUACUAAUAAAUGCUUAUAAAGUAAUAAAAAUA